AUGCCAGAAGGCAAGAAGAAAAAACCAACAAGACAAAACACUGAAGUUAUCGAACAGAAUACAAAAUCAUUGCGAGGAUUAUUAAAAUGUUAUAAAGAAGAAAGUGUAGAAGCUAACAGUGUUCCCUGUACGGAAGUGACGAAAGUCAUUCGAUCGUUAAUUGAAGAUGGUGAAGGUGGACUUCUAAGAGAGGUAUUUCUUCGACCAAUACCUUUGAAAAAGCCAAUUGAACCGUCCGAUGAAUCCACAGCGAAUGCUGAACCGAUUCCUAUCCCACAAACACAUGUUAGACCGUUAGUUCGCGCACUGAUCACAACAAGAAAUGAAACGAUCAAAGUUUUUUGUGUAUGGAAUCUUUGUAUGGAUCUAAUGGAUUGUAUUGAUCUCAAUGCCUAUUUAAAACUUCCAACAACUUAUGUUCAGACUCUUAUACUUAACGAUUGCCUUCUUCAACCGUAUUCUCUAUCAAGACUAACAUUAGAUUACUUUAUAUAUGGUACUCUUCGAAUAGUAAAUCUGGAUUUUAAUGAAUUUGGCGAUGAAGGAUGUUCGAUCUUAUGUUCCAAUUUGUUGAAAAAUCAUGCAUUAGGUGAACUUUUAGUUCAGAGUGCCGUACGCGAACUUUAUCUUGAUGGUAAUCGACUUGGCUGCACAGGAGCAAAUGAUCUCAUCAAAUCAUUAGUAGUUGAAUGUGAAAAAGUACUCAGCGAUAAACGAGAUCGAAUCCGUGCUGAAAAUGAACUAAAAGCACAAGAAGCUUUACUUCGAGAACAACAAGGUCUACCACCGGAACCAGUUGUCGUAGAGAAGAAGAAGAAAAAAAAGAAAAAGAAAAAGAAGCAAUUAGAUGAAGAAUUUCCACCAUAUGGAGCUAUCGUCUCAAAACUUCAUUUGUUUGAUAAUGAAAUUGACUGUUUACAACCAAAUGGUUUGACCAUUGUUCAAGAGACAAUCAAUACUUAUGCUCGAUUGAUUGAAAUCUCCGAAGAUUUAGAAGAACUCGAUCUCGAUGAAAACGUCAUCGGACAUGUUUGCGGAGGAAUUCUUCUGGAUGCACUAAAAGCCCGAAAAGAAAAUAAACUCAAGAAAAUUCGCAUCAACGUCAGCGAAAAGAUCGAUCAAUACGUUUUUGCAGAUAUUCUCAAACUCAGUGCUAAACUAAAGAAAAAACGCAAGCGAGCGAAAAAGAAGAAAUAA